AUGCCGUACAGUACACCGCACAUCAACGGCUACCAUCCUCAGACGAACGGCGUAACGGAACGUCUCAACCGCACACUGGGAGACAUGCUUACUAUGUAUAUUGAUUCUGACCACUCCAAUUGGGAUGCCAUUCUCCCUUUCGUGACGUACGCAUACAAUACUGCGACGCAAUCCACAACAGGCUUUUCCCCAUUCUUUCUUUUGUAUGGCCGUGAGCCAUGCAGCACUCUCGACACAAUACUGCCGUACAAUCCCGAUGCCUCGGAAUUCAGCCCAGUUUCCGAAAUGGCCGAAUAUGCUGAAGAGUGUCGUCAGCUCGCACGGCCAUUCACGGCGGAUACUCAAGCCCGCCAAAAAGUUCGCCAUGAUCGUGAUGUGGCCCCGGACACUUUCCCCGUCGGCUCUCUCGUGUGGCUUCGACUGCCUUUUCACUCUCCUGGCUUGACUCCCAAGUUUGCACCGAAGUAUACCGGCCCUUACCGCGUCAUCAAGUGCCCCUCUCCUGUCACCUAUGUGAUUGAGCCGGUGCAGCCGUCCACGGACAAGCGCCGUCUUAGUCGUGAGAUGGUCCACGUCAGCCGCCUCAAGCCCUACAACGACCCUCCUGUCCUCUCGUCACCUUGA